CAUAAAGGAAGCGUCUCUCUCUCUCUCUCUCUCUCUGUCUGUCUGUUUGUCGCUCGUUCUCAGCCUUGACUUCUUCUCUGUUCGUUUAAUAUCAAACCAGCGGCAGCACAGGAAGGAUUUUGUUAUCCGUGUUGUCUUUUAUCAUGAAACGAGGGAAUUCAGGGAUCUCAGAGGGAAUCUGCCCACGACAGAAGGAUUGUUUACGGAUGUUGUUUUGGAUCUGAGCUCUCUGUGGAUUAUCAUUUCUAUUGUGUGUGAAUGAUGACACACGGUCUUCACCAUCUACCUGCGCAUGAACACACAGACGAGGCCAGAGAUGAGGAUGCUCACUUCUCUCCCUCCGUCUGUCCGUCAUGCGGUUGUGUUUUUGACGUUCCUCUCAUUUUGCCCUGUUCUCACACUCUAUGUGGCCGCUGUCUGACCGUAGGGGCGGGGCCUGAUCGACAUGGGGGCGGGGCCAGGGGUGUGGCCUCCUCCUCUCAUCCAGUGGUUCUCUGUCCAAACUGUCGUCACAGCGUUGAACUGCCUUGUUUUGACUGGUCAUCUGCUCUCACCUGCCUGCCCUUUGACCCCACAGUGACCUGUGACCCUAAAGAGAGAGAGAAGUGUGAGGAACAGAGAUGGGAGACAGAUGGCAGUGUGGAUCUUUCUGAAGAGGAAAUGGAACAAUCUGUUUCAGGUCUGUUUUUCACUCUCGAUUCGCCCUGCUCUGAUUCGUCGCUUCACCUCUCAAGCUCCGCCCUCGUCGUCACCUUCACAGGUCACAUGUGCUCAUCACAUGACCGCAGCGAUCAGGACUCCUGUCUGCUUCCUCAAGUGUGUGGCAGCGUGAGCAUCUCCAGAGGACAGUAUUACUGGGAGGUGGACGUCUGCAACAGCGCCAUCUACAGGAUCGGAGUGAUUUCGUCUUGUGAUGGGCGUGGCUGGUGGUUGGAGAGGCGUGGCUCUGUGUUUCACGCUGUGUUUGACGGACGGCGUGAGCUCCUCCCCUCCAUUCCACCUCAGCUUAAGACAGUGGGCGUGUUUCUAAAUGUGGGCGGAGCUUCGAUCACCUUCCACAAUUCUGUAACUCAAGAGUUUCUCGCUGCCGUCCCCUCCCACUUCAGCAUCCCCCUCCGACCUGCUCUUCAAUUGGGCCAGGGAAGACUGAAGCUCCGCCCCGGUCUGCCACCGCCCAAUCAUGUCUUUCUCAGCCACAGCUCUGCCUAUCGGGGUCCAGGAGGGCCGGACCGCUGGAGGCGGGAUGUGGCGUUCAGAUCGGUGAGGGCCGUGAUUCAGAAGUUUGAGGAGCUGGCGACCACGUCAGACUCGGAUUCGGGUCUUGUGUCCAGCGUCGGUUCACUGUCAGAGACCAAUAAUGGUACAGAACGGCUACGUUCCAAAACCUAGUGAGCUUUCUACACAGGCAGCACCCUAAGUAGACAGGAACAUUGUAAACAAAAUGCAAACAGCGCCACCUGUAGGGCAGAAGCUCUUGAAGAAUAAACAAACAAAAGCUUUAUCUAAAAUCUUAAUGUAAGCUUAUUUGUCUUGUUAGCUUCUUGUGGUGAAUUAAUUUGUAUUUAUGAGUUUAUAUUCAGUGGGACUAUAUUUUCUGUAUUAUAUUUAGUGGUUGCAAAAGAUUGUUUUUCCAAAAUGACGCUUGUCAUCCUUUUGAAUGAUGACUAAGAAUUGAACACACACCUCACUGAAAUACUGUACAAUAACCAAAGAUGCCACACAACUCAUAUAGAGAAAAUAAAUCGAAUAAUUUGGACAUAUUAAUCACACGAUCACUGCCAAACUGGCCAGGGUGAAAACAUUUUUUUAAGUUUAAAAAAUAUUCUUGAAAUACUGUAAAUAAUAAAAUCUAUUUAUUAUUACAUGGCUGGGAUGCUUUAUUGUUGUUGGUCAAUUGUGGCGUUCAGAGGUCAAAUAUUUAUGAAUAAUGACACUAAUUUAUAGCUAUA